UCCUCUAGAAUUUGAUAUAAAAGAGAGUUUUAAAAUUUUUAAUUAGCCCUCUUUCUCUGUGUGGAUGCAAAGCUCUAUGUGGUUGUUGAUGCAUUAUGCCUCCAGUAAUCAGUGAACUUCUUCUGUCUGGUUUUAUCAUUAACUCAACCCUUCGUCGGCGUACUCACUUGGUUCAAUCCUUCUCUGUUGUCUUCCUUUACUGGUUCUACGUGUUUUCAUGAACAUAAAUUGACUUCUUCAGCUGUUAUUAGUUUUAUUCUCUCUUUUCCUCUAUUCUCGUCCGUCCAAAUUCGGAUAAGUUAGUCAAGUGAGUUUCGAAUACUGAAUGAUAUAUAUAUAUAUAGAAAGUCAUGGCUGGAACUUCUUCAGUGUCAUUAAGGAAGUAUGGUUGCGAAGAUGAAAGGAAACGCAAAAGAAUGAUAUCGAACAGAGAAUCAGCAAGAAGAUCAAGAAUGAAGAAACACAAGUAUUUGGAUGAGCUAUUGGCUCAAGUGGAUCUACUUAAGGAGCAAAACAAUCAAAUUGUGACUAACAUAAAUAUGGUGAAUCAGCUUUAUUUGAACAUGGAAGCAGAGAAUUCUGUUCUCAAAGCUCAGGUGGUUGAGUUAAGCCACAGGCUGCACUGUGUGGAGGAGAUCAUUAACUGCAUGAAUUCAACAAAUGAUGAGGAUUUAUGGAACUAUAAUGUUAAUGGUGGAGAUGAUUUUUUGAAAACUUGGGAUUUUGCUCCAUGGGAAACAACAACAUAUUUAGUGUGAUUUCGUAAAUGAGAUCUAGGCAGGAUGACAUGUACGCAGACUUUAUUCCUAUCUUGUAAAGAUAGAGACAGGCUUGUGCCGAUGACUUCAUUUAUGUAUGAUGAAUGUAUUUUUAUUAGAAAAA